AUGCACAUUGGAACGUUUCUGAUUCUCACAAGGUCGAACUACCAGGUGUGGGCGACGCGGAUGCGGCUGCAUCUUGAAGGACUUGAGCUCUGGGAUGUAGCGGAGAUAGAGAAUGCACCGAGGAAGAAAGAUCGUCAGGUGAUGUCGAUUAUCUUCAGCACGAUUUCGGAUAAAAUCACGCGGGAAUUGGAAGUCGAAAAGUUUGCACGAGAAACGUGGCAAUUACUCAAGGUCAAAGGCGGAGGAGUGUCACGUUUGCUCAAUGGUAGAGUUCAAGCUCUGCAGAGAGAUCUGGAAAAUCUUUCCAUGGAUGA